UUUUGAAAAUGGGUUUGAUGAGUGAGACCCUCACACAGAUUCUGAUACCUUUGGCUGCCUUGAUUGGAAUUGGGUUUGCUUUGUUUCAGUGGUUUUUGGUCUCCAAGGUGAGGGUUUCAAGAGGUUUGGACAAUGGCUACAAAGACAGGUUGAUUGAAGAAGAUGAACAAGAGGAGGGUAUUGACACUGAUGAUGCUGUCGACAAAUGUGCAGAAAUUCAGAAUGCCAUUUCUGUUGGAGCAACAUCAUUUCUGUUUACAGAGUACAAGUACCUCGGCAUAUUCACGGCUGUAUUUGGUGUCAUCAUCUUCCUUUUCCUUGGAUCAGUUAAGGGCUUUAGCACUAAAAGUGAACCUUGCACUUACAACAAAGGGAAUCUCUGUAAACCAGCCUUGGCCAAUGCUAUCUUUAGCACAAUUGCCUUUUGGCUUGGAGCUGUCACUUCUGUUCUCUCGGGGUUCCUUGGAAUGAAGAUUGCAACCUAUGCCAAUGCUAGAACAACUCUGGAAGCAAGGAAAAGUGUUGGGAAGGCAUUUAUAACAGCUUUUCGUUCUGGUGCAGUGAUGGGAUUCCUACUUGCUGCCAAUGGUCUCUUGGUUCUAUAUGUCUCUAUUAAUUUGUUUAAACUCUACUAUGGAGAUGACUGGGAGGGACUUUUUGAAUCUAUCACUGGUUAUGGCCUAGGAGGUUCUUCAAUGGCACUCUUUGGAAGAGUUGGGGGAGGUAUAUACACAAAAGCAGCUGAUGUUGGUGCAGACCUAGUUGGGAAAGUGGAACGGAAUAUUCCUGAAGAUGAUCCACGUAACCCAGCUGUAAUUGCUGACAAUGUGGGUGACAAUGUAGGUGACAUUGCCGGAAUGGGAUCCGAUUUAUUCGGGUCUUAUGCUGAAUCUUCCUGUGCUGCACUCUUUGUUGCAUCGAUAUCAUCCUUUGGUACCAGUCACGACUUCUCAGCCAUGUCUUAUCCUCUGAUUAUUAGCUCGAUGGGAAUCAUUGUUUGCUUGAUAACAACACUUUUUGCAACUGAUAUGUUUGAGAUAAAAAAUGUGACCGAGAUUGAGCCAUCCUUGAAGCGACAACUUCUUAUCUCCACCAUUCUUAUGACUGCCGGGAUUGGCAUGGUUACCUUCUUUGCUUUACCAUCAGAAUUCACUCUAUUUGACUUUGGCAAAGAGAAGGUUGUAAAACACUGGCACCUUUUUUUCUGUGUUUCAAUUGGCUUAUGGGCUGGCCUUGUCAUUGGAUAUACUACUGAGUAUUACACAAGUAAUGCUUACAGUCCUGUGAAGGAUGUCGCAGAUUCUUGCAGAACUGGUGCUGCAACAAAUGUCAUUUUUGGGUUGGCUCUGGGAUACAAAUCUGUUAUCAUUCCAAUAUUUGCAAUAGCCAUUGCUAUUUAUGUUAGCUUCAGUUUGGCUGCCAUGUAUGGAAUUUCUGUGGCUGCUUUGGGAAUGCUUAGCACCAUUGCCACUGGACUUGCAAUUGAUGCUUAUGGCCCCAUAAGUGAUAAUGCUGGUGGUAUUGCAGAAAUGGCUGGAAUGAGCCACACUAUUCGUGAAAGAACAGAUGCUCUGGAUGCUGCUGGUAACACCACCGCUGCCAUUGGCAAGGGUUUUGCAAUUGGAUCAGCUGCCCUUGUUUCUCUUGCCCUGUUUGGUGCCUAUGUGAGCAGAGCUGGUAUUGAGUCUGUUGAUGUCUUGACUCCAAAGGUAUUCAUUGGAUUGAUUGUAGGGGCCAUGCUUCCAUACUGGUUCUCAGCCAUGACAAUGAAGAGUGUUGGAAGCGCAGCUCUAAAAAUGGUUGAAGAGGUUCGCCGACAGUUUAAUACUAUUCCGGGGCUUAUGGAUGGAACAGCAAAACCAGACUAUGAAAUGUGUGUCAAGAUUUCUACUGAUGCUUCACUCAAGGAGAUGAUCCCACCAGGCGCCUUGGUUAUGCUUACGCCACUGAUUGCUGGAACAUUUUUCGGUGUGGAAACACUUUCUGGUGUGCUUGCUGGUUCACUCGUUUCUGGUGUGCAGGUUGCCAUCUCGGCUUCUAACACAGGUGGGGCAUGGGAUAAUGCUAAGAAGUACAUAGAGGCUGGUGCUUCUGAACAUGCUCGAUCACUAGGUCCCAAGGGAUCAGAUGCUCACAAGGCUGCUGUCAUUGGUGACACAGUUGGAGAUCCCCUCAAGGACACGUCCGGUCCCUCACUAAAUAUCCUGAUCAAGCUCAUGGCAGUCGAAUCAUUGGUCUUUGCUCCAUUCUUUGCAGCUCAUGGGGGCUUGCUGUUCAAAUGGCUCUGAAAAGUGGUCUAUCAUGCAAUCAGGUUUCUUCCCAAAAAAUACAAUAACCUUUAAAGAAGUACUAUUGAUCAAGCUUUCACUGUAUACUGUAAUGUGAAUUCGAUGUCAAUUUUUGUUGUUUUGAAGGGAACAAGAUAAGGCCUUGUUUUGAAGGAUUCUUCAUUUUCAGUAUUUAAGGUUUUUUUUUUCAUGUAUAUAUUAUUUAAAAUAUUUGCAUUGAAUUUCACCGGUUCCUGAAAAUUUUAGUGAG